CUCUCGCUUCCACACGAUCGAUCGGUUCUUUGCCGCGCUGAUGCACCCAGAGCACGGAGAGGAAGGCCUUUACCCGAUCCUCCUCCUCCCACGAACCCUAACCCUGAUCCUAAUCAUAAUCCAAUUUGCUUCCCAUCUACCAAUACCAGUCUUUUUCCCCUAAUUGCCCUCCGAUUUUGAACGUUAGUUUCACCGAAAAGAUUUGAUCACGAAGAUUCUAAGUUUUGCCCCUGUUAUCAGAAGAAAGGACGAGAAUUGCUUUUGUUUCUUGAAAUUUUCGUUGCCUCUUUUGUUCUGGAAAGGAGUUGCUGCAGAAGAUGCCACUUUGGAGGUGCGGUUUGAUCCCUUGGAUGAACCGGAAGGUCGUCGAUCCUUUUCUCCAAAUAAUCAAAAAGGGUGCAGAGCCAAAACAGUUGGCAUUUUCUGCUGCUCUCGGCAUGUCUCUGGGACUGUUCCCGAUCUGUGGGGUCACUGUAUUUCUUUGUGGGAUGGCGAUUGCAAUACUCAGACAUCAUUGUCAUGCUCCCAGUGUAAUGCUUGCGAAUUUUGUUGCCACUCCAAUUGAGCUGAGUAUGGUGAUUCCAUUCUUGCGCUUGGGUGAACUCAUCACUGGUGGUCGUCAUUUCCCACUAACAUCUGAUGCACUCAGCAAGGUAGUUAGUGGUCAAGCCUCGCAAGGAGUGUUAAUUGCCAUAUUACACGCGGGCAUACCGACAAAUCCGUAUGUAUCAUCCGUAUCGGUCCCCUAUCAAAUCGGUAUAUAUUGCUCAUACAGGGCGGUAUAUUGUAGUACGGUGAACCUUGCACUUGGUUACCUAUUUGGGCCAAUGUACAUAACAUACUUCAUUUUUACAGUUGUUAGGCUGGAUUGUCACAGUGCCUUUCAUCCUUGGUACUCUUUACAUGUUCUUGGUGCCAUGUUUCAAGUUUUUGGUAAAGAAGUUCAAUUCACAUCCUUCUAGCCCAAUGAAGCUGGUCCAUCCACAUACUGAGAUCAAGAUUAAGGUGAGGGAUGUUUAGGUUUUACCAACGAAAGAAAUUGGGAUAGAGCAAAGUUUCUAUGGAUAUCUGCCCUACAUGCUUUUCUGAUACCGGAAGGUGGUGCUCCUUUUGUUUUUUUAUCAUCAUGCCGUGCAAAAUGAGAUGGGGAAGCUUGGGCUUGGAUGACAGGCAGACUUUGGUUUCUUUCAGCAAAGCAGUGUGCUAUUUCUGGUCAGAAUAGCUUCAUUCUUCUUCCUUGUGAUAUUUGGAAAAUGUACAACUACUAUGUCUUUUAUUUUUAUUUUUGGCAAGAGAUAAGUUGUGAAUGCUGGAUUUGAAUAGACUUUCGAUGAUCUGAUAAAGUCUAUACCAA